AUGGGGUUUUAUGCGGACAUCAAACAGCAGUACAGCAGCAGGGUAUGCCAACAGCUGAAACUUUGGGCCAAUCACAACUUGAAACUGGCCUCACUUAGAAAUAGGAGGAUUUUUCUUUUGGAAUGUAGGCGACAAGGGUUGACACCCAGGCACAUCAGGGACAGGAUAAUUUCACUCUAUGGAUCAAUCUCAAGUUCGGAUUCUGUAAGGCAAGCCGAGAGAAUGCAGGUUAGAAUUGUGAAUCAAAUAAUCAAUUUCGAAAUAAGAACAACUAUAAAGAACACACUAGCUUUAGAGAAGGAUAUGAUCCGAAGGUGGGAGAUUCUGGCUUGCUCCCUACCUCUUGACAUACUAGAAAGAUUCAAGCAUUUUCAAAACAUAAGUUACAAUAGUAAAUUUGAAUCAAUAAAAAACAACAACCUCAAGAAAAUACAAUCACUAAAUCAAAAUUGUCUUGACAGAGCCAGAGCCCAGCCUCAAUGGUUCAAAAAUAUUAGCGACAUCAGUAUUCCCAAUCGAGUAGAACGUUUUCUUGCUUUAGGCCCUAAAUUCUGCAUAGAGAUUCCAAAAAAAGAAGUAUCUAUUCAGAAACUGCUAGCGAACAUCGAACAACUAAUCACACUCAAAAAAACCAAUAGUCACGAAGCUGAUAAUACCCUCAGAUCAUUGUCCACGAAUAUAGUUACCAACUACUUACUCAAUAACAUGAGCAUUAAUAAUGCUUUUCAGGCGGAGUAUUACUAUUGCAAGAAAUUCCUCAAAAACCAGUCGAACCUGUUAAUCUUACAAUCCGAUAAAGGGAAUGUAACAGUGGCGAUGAACAGGGAACAUUACCAUUCCUUAGUGCUGGAGAUAUUGUCAGAUGAAAAAUAUUACAGAAAAGUCAGCAGGGACCCAACAUCAUCCUUCCAAACCAAGGCUAACGACAUGAUAAAGCACUUCAUCAGAAAGGAAUAG